CAUUGUCGAUUUAUCCACUCGUGUUUUUUCCUCGCCCUUGUUUGCUGCAAUAACUUGAAUCAAACAACUCAAUAUCAGAAAUCCCUACAUAUAUCCUUAUUUUAAAAAUCGCAAGACUUGAUGAAAUAUCAUUUACAAAUCGAAGCUAUUAAUUUUAAGUGAAUAGUACGUUAAUUGGUUAGAGUGUAAGUGAAAAAAUGGCGAAAAACAAAAGUACUGUCUAUCUAGGCUUUGAGGAUGAGGAAAUUACAGGCAAACACGGGUCUAUAUUGAACAGUACGGUGAACAAAGUCGGUGGAACGCCGGAUUGGCCCACGGGUGAGAUAAAAGUGCCUUCGUGCCCGCUCUGUGGCACAGCACGUCCGCUAAUUGUACAACUGUAUGCCCCAUUGGAACAGUCACAAUUUCACCGCACGCUGUAUGUAUUUGCAUGUUUAAAUCCGGCUUGUUCUCAAAACUCGAAGAGUUGGCUAUGUGUACGGACACAACAUCUGGACACACCAAGUGAAGCGGAAUUAAUUAGCGCCGUGCCACCACCACUGACAGCUGGUGGUGCUAGUGCAAAGAAAAAGAAGGGCAAUAAACAAGCAGCCAAUGCCACGCAACCACAAAAAAUUGCUUGGUGUAGCGGAGCCGAUGAUUGGGGCGAAGCUGUAGAUGAGAACUGUACUGCUGCCGAUAAUGGUGUGGAGCGCAUGGAUACAGGUGCAGAUGAGUUGCAGCAUCAAAACGAAGAAAACGGUAAUGUGAUUGGGAAGAAUGAUAAUUCACCCACACGUGGUGCACACUUGCCACGUGCCGAUUCAGGCAAUAGUGAGGCCGAUGAAGAUGAUGACGACGAAAGCAAUUCAAUGGAUAACGAACUAGUUUAUGGCUUCGGUCAGCUGGAUAUGCAUUCACCGCAAAAUGCGGCUGAGGACCCAAACGCCAAUUGUGCUGCCGGUAAUGCUGCAGCUGCAGCUGCUGCCGAUGGUGGUGCUAUUAUGGGUUUCGGUGGUGCUACCGCUACCAUUUGUGCUGAAAUAGAGGGCGCUGAAACGGAUGUUGUGCUCGUGGAGACGCCACUAAAGCCGGAGCGUGACUUAAUUGCACUCUUGAAACACACCGCAACGCCGGCGGCACUGGGUCCCCUUGCUAAGAUUUCCGAUGUCACUAUAAAGCCCUUCUUUAUCGCAGUGGACAUAGAGCAGCGUCACAAAUGUGGUGAAUAUGAAAACUAUAGUGGUACGCUAUCGGCAGAUCACAUACGUGAACUAUAUCAGGAGUAUAAGCGGCAAGACGAGGCCGCACAUUCGCCAAACGGUGCUGGUGCGAUUGUGGGUGCAAGUGAAGGAGGUGGAGGUGGCGAAGACGCAGAAACCUAUGAGAAAACUUUGCCGGCGCAUGGCGACAUAAUUUUCCAUCAAUUCGUUAGUACUUUGCAACAAAAUCCAGGCCAGAUAAUAAGGUAUUCACGCGACACACUACCACUUUUAAUGGGACCACUUUCCGAACCAAUACCUAAGUGUGCGAAUUGUAACGGCGAGACCAUUUGUGAGAUUCAAAUCCUUUCUACGCUCAUACCGAAAUUGCGUUUGCAACAGAACAGCGAAUCGGUGCCCAUAGAAUAUGGUAACGUCCUGGUGUUCACAUGCCUCAAAUGCUGCUGGGAUACACCAGACAAAAUGCGCUACGAACGAGUCGUCGUACAAGCAGAACAAUAAGUAGAAAGGAAAAAAAACAAAACGAAGAUUGGCGAGGUGGGCGUGAUAAGGCAACUGAAAAUCCUAGUAUCUAGCGAAUAUGCUUAAUUUUUUGUGAAUUUCAUAGGCCUAGCUUACACUUGAAAGAAACCAAAGUACCCGUGUUUAGGUCUAACGGCAUUACAUUCAAACUAUUAAAGUGUUAGAUUACUAAAGUAUGUACCUAGAUGCGUUUACAAAGUGAAACUACUUCAAUUAAUAAAAUAGAAUAACCAAAGCUCUAAGAA